AUGCAGUUCUCAACACUCGCUCUUGCCGCUCUUGCGAGCUUGGCAUCUGCCCAAACAACCGGCGAAAAAGUGAUCCACAGAGUAACAGUCGGUAUGAACGGCACUCUGACUUUCUCACCGAGCACUAUCACGGCUCUCGUGGGCGAGAUGGUGCAGUUCCAGUUCGUGGCCGGCAACCACACGGUGACGCAGUCGACUUUUGAUGCGCCGUGCCAGCCCAUCUCGCAGCACUCCAACAUAACGGGCUUCCACUCGGGCUUCCAGCCCGCGGCCGCCAGCGUCGCCACGGGCAUGAUCCCCACCUACACCAUCAUGCUCAACAACACGAACCCCAUCUGGGUCUACUGCGCUCAGGGCAAGCAUUGCGAGUCGGGAAUGUCCAUGGUCAUCAACGAGAACACCGCUGCCAACUCGAGCCGCUCUCUUACCAACUACAAGGCUCUUGCAGCGGGCGCGACCACCGUCGUGCCCGGCGGCUCCGCUGGAACUGGCACCGGCUCCACUGGCUCCACUACUGGAGGCACCGGCUCCACGACUGGCGGCACUACUGGCACCACGACCGGCGGCACUGGUACCGGCUCGACCACCGACAGCGCCACCACAGGCCAGCCCACCAGCGCCGCCGGCUUCCUCUCGGCGCCCAGCGUCUAUAUGCUCCUCGCGGCGGCAGCUGGUGCCAGCCUCUUCCUGUAA